AUGAUUGAAAUACCUGAUUUGGAUUCUAUUUAUAUCCCAAAACUAGAACAGGAUGGUACCACCGAUCAGGAGACGGAGCAGAUGAACAAUGCAUAUGCACGAUCAAUAGCAUCCUCCAACUCUUUGACAGGUAACAACGCCAGGUCAAUCGAUCAAGAGCCAGAUAUGCAAGAGAUUAACAGCAGUUUAGACGGUUUCGAAAUAGAUAGUUUAAACUUUAAAAAUCAUUCAGGAUUAUCAUUUGGCAGUGACCAGAAUAUCAGCUCUCAACAUGUUGACUAUGGUCACAGCGAAACCCCAACCUUGGCAACUGGUUUGUCGAUUUUACCGAAUAAUCUUAAUGAACACAAGACUACAUUCAAACUACAAGAACCACCUGUAAAUGGCCAUUAUCAGAUUGAUUCAGCAGACCUACAUUCAUUUGAAGCUAGUGACCAAGUUGGGCCCAUAGAGACCCCAAAAUUCGCCCUUAAAUCGAAAAACACUCAAUUAUCUUUGAAUCAACUGCUAGCGUCUCCAAUGUCGAUAAUGCCACAACACGAUCACACCGAACCUUCACCACAACUACCGGCACCAUUAUCAUCAGCCUCAUUGCAAAACGUUCUCACAAUGAACGAAAAUGGAGGGCUCUCGCGGAAGAAUCUAGCCACUGAUUUCAAAACUCCAGCUGAAUACACCCUACAUAUCAUCUUCACGCAAUUUGUGCGUUAUGCAGAAAGAAAAUUGAAUGUGUUUCUUGACUACUCAAUGACUGAUGAAACUUCAUUGUUUAAUAUUUUUGCCGAGGGAGCUGACCCACAAUUUGAUAAAAUAGUUGAAUCCUUAGGUUACAUUGCCAGGAGGAAACCUAAACCUGUGAUUGAUAGUGUUAUGUUUUGGAGAAAAUCAAAGAGUGAAGUUGCUUCCCACGCAGCACAAGAAGUGGAAAAAGUCUUGGUUCAUGCUAGAAAGGCGUUACCAGAGGAGAAUAUAGUGGUACCUCCGCCAAAACCUAAGCGAUCGCUCAGUCUAAUGAGAAGCAAAUCGAAAACUCAUCGUCGUAAUCAAUCGUCAGUUUCAACAUUAUCGUCGGACCCAGAGUGGAUGAAAAAAAAGCAAGUGGUGGAUUCACAAGUUGAUGUAAUCAAGCAAACAGCCAUAAAUGCAGAGAAAAAGUCCUUGGUUUCCAUUUAUAUUCUAUGCAGGGUGCUUAUGGAGGUUGUCAAGCAAACACCAACUGAAGUAAUGGGUGAAGAUCUAGGGGAUAAGUUAGAGGAAAUUGUUUACAGUCAGCUAAAGACAACUGACCCUGCCAGCACUAGCCAGUCCAUCAUAAGAGCUGCAAAUUGGACCUUAUUUGCUCAAUUACUAGGGUUGAUGUCGGAAAAAAGAUUCCUUAGUGUCAGUGAUCGAUUUGUUUUCGAUUUGGAAAAGCUCCCACAAAAGAUCAAUCAUGAAGAUGAGGCGAGGUUAUAUCUACUCAUUUCUGGUAUGAAGUACCUAAAAUUGAAUCACUACCCACCUGAGCUUUUCGAGGAUAGCAAAGAGUUUAUUCAAAUACUCGCCAAGUUUUUUGAUAGAACUACGAACGAGGCGGUGCUCUAUGCCUAUUGUGACUCUAUAUCAAACUUGGUCCUCCCCUUGGCCAAUAACUUAACCGCUGAGGCAAAUGACCCGGGAUGGAAUGAAGGUAUUGAAAAGAUUUACAAUAAAGCGAUUGACAUGUGGAGGAAACUACCCGAGUCAAGCACAUCCACCAACAUGUCCAAUAUCUUGAACCCACAAACAUCUAACUUUGGCAGUGGCUGGUCUCACUUGAUGAAUGUGGUUACAGCAACAUUGUCAGUGUCUCGAAGGGAGCUAUUUUCAGCAAAAUGGUAUGCCAUAAUUGAACAAAAUGUAUUCAAAUUGAAGCCGAAAAUUGAUGUUCAUGAAAAGACGGCAUUUGUGGUGUAUAUUAGUCGAUUAUUGUGGGUUUAUUUCAAUCGUGUUCCUGACUCACUCAACUCAACAAUCAAGAAAUUGGAUGAGUUUUUCAAAUUGAUAUUAUUUAACCCUGUAUCUUUGGGUAAAAAGCAAUGGCUUACUCCUGAUCAUGAUCUUAUUGGUGCUUUAGCACAAAUGAUACAAAUUAUUGGGUACAAUCAUCUCAACUAUACCCUUGAAAAUAUUUUGCUUCGGUUAUUACGUGAGGGAUUCAGUCAGUCAUUGGAGCAUCUCCAAACGGAAAAACUCAUGUUGGUGGUUAGAUCGUAUAUCAAAGUGUUGAAAGAAUUUGAGCGGAAAGAUAAACCGGCAUUUCCUGGAAUAGAGAAUGAAGAGUUAGGGAGAAGCUCACCAUUUCAAUUUGUUGCCAAAAACAGCACAAAUGUAGCUUUUCAUGAUGAGUUUAGUCGUUCAUUUGGAACGCUUUUGAAGUUGCUCGAUCAUCAUUAUGGUAUCACUUUGGUAGAUUCCGGAUCGGCUAAAUCACUGUCGUCAUUUGGAUUUUUUAGCAAUGAGUCGUUGACCAAGAUAUCCAAAGAUGCACAUUUGGAGUUGUUUUCUGAUUUGAUUGAUGCAAUUCCAUAUACUAUAGUACCAAUACAAGGCGAAACACAAUGUGCCAGUGGUGUACCGCUCAAACAAGUGGUAGAACUAUUGACCCGAAAUGCAGUUCAUUCAAGUAGAAAAGUACUGGAUGCUUCGGUGCGUGCAUUGAAAUCGUUAUCCAUGAGGAAAAACCCCACUACUUUGUUGAAUGUAUUUGCCAAAUUUGCAUUUCAAUUGUCAGAAAAGACAAGCUCGGUAUAUGACUCCAACUAUCUAAACUCACCAACAUUUAUCUACCUUUUAAAACUAUAUACCGAAUUGCUUGAUACUUGGUUUCAACUGUUUGAAAUGGAGACUGAAUCUGUGGAGAAUCCAUUGGCUCAAGAUGAUGAGUUGAUGAACAAAGAUGUAUUGAAUGAUUUGUAUCAAAUAAAUCAUAAGCAAGAUAUGCCCAAACUGAAUACAGGGAACGAGUUGGAAUGGAAGACUAUAAUCAACCUGGUGGAGAGCAUAGAAGGUAAUGGGUUAUUUUUUCUUUGUUCGCAAGAUCCUCAAGUCAGAUCCUAUGGUAUUAAGGUGUUGCGUAUUGUUGAUAAAUUUGAUCAAGCGAUAUAUAACCUAACUGACAGGGAAGAGCUGGAACUCAAGCCGGAUCCCAAACUGGAUCCAAAGCACCAUUCACGAAGCUCCUCAAAAUUUGCUGCUGAUGUUGGCACUAGGAUUAUCCAUAUCCUAGAGGGAAUCGAAUUCCACGAUAUCAUUAAACCGUUCAAGAAGGAAUUAAGUCUCCCCGAACGUCAACGAUUGGUUCGCCUUAAGAAUGAUAAAAAUAUAUUGAUUAAAGUUGCUGAAUCUGAUUAUGGAAUCGACUCCACUAUGUGGUUUCGAAUAUACCCGAAAAUUCUUGAAAUUCUAUUUGUCAAGUGUCCUAUGCCGGUAGCAAUGUGUCGUGAUAUUGUUUGUGUCAGCUUGGUACAAAUGCAUGAAUUGGUGUUAGAGUUUUCCGAAAACUAUAAAUCAAACACUUCGUCAUUAUUUUCAUCAAAACUGUCAUCAACAGUGCCCCCUGAAGUGUUGGUAAAUCAAUGGAAAUUGUACUUGGUAUUUGCUUGUAUUACCUUAACGACCACAAAUGAGCAGAAAAUAUCCUUCCCCACGCAACCAACUCAUGGGAGGAAAAGAUCAUUACAAAUGUUCAUCCAGCAUCAGAAAAUCACCAGUGCCAAGUCGAUUUUUCGUAUGGUUUUGCCAUUGCUUAAAUCUCAUCAAAUGAUGGUGAGAGAGGCAGUUAUUGUGGGAUUGAGUCAUAUAAACGUCAAUAUAUUCAAAACGUUUUUGGAAAAUGUGCCCCUGGUGGUUCAAGAAUGGAACACAAAUGUCAAGCAGAGGAAUUUUGCCGAUGAUCGAUUUAGGAUCGAAGUAAUUCAUAUAUUGAUGAAUGUGACUGACAAGUAUAAAUGCAACGACGAGAUUUAUGGAGAUAAUUCAAUUGUUGCUGACUUGAUUUCAAUCGUUAAGAACGUCAAAUCUUUUCUCACCUUGAGCACGGUUCAAGUUGACAUCGACUUCCAACGAUUGCGUCGGUACUUUUGUGAAUUUUUGGAAAACGUGUUCUUGGCGCUACAGGGAGACAAGUUGGAUUUGUGGCUACCUUUUGAAGCGAGAAUGUCAUGUUUCAAUUACCUUAAAGAAUGGUGCGGCCACGGAGAAUCAAGUGGAAUAACUGAAGAGCGGUACAAUGUCAUCACCCGAAAGAUUAAUGAACGAAAAGAUUCGCCUUCUGCAAUCGCUCUUUUGGAAUUUGAGAGAAAGAGACUCGAACAAUCUGCAUUGAGUUGUAUGGCGAUUUUAUGUCUGGGUAAAAUCACUCAAGAACUUGAUAUACCAGGAGCAGGGGUGGCAUUUGUAUCAUUUGAUAUUCCUGUAUUGUUGAAUUGGAUACAUGCAUUGCUAGAGGCUGAAGAUAAAGUACAAGAGAUUGGUAAAUCGGCAUUGGAGAAUUUACUUCAAAAUAAUUACAAUCAUGUUGAUGUAGUGAUGGAAGUGAUUAAGCAAUGUUGUACCGACCUGAAGUCGAUGCCGUUUUAUUUUUGCACCUAUGUUGAUGCCUUCUUGUCUAAGGAUAAACUGGACGUCGUGCUGGAUGAGUUGUUUGUUUUGGUCUGCUUUUUAUGUGGUAAUGCUGACAUUAAAGUGAGACAAUCAGCGUUUAAGCUUUUGACUGAGCUCCAGAAGAGGAUUGGUGGUGCCAAUUUGGAUCAAUUUGUUGAAGCAGUUUACGGAGAUAGCUUCAUUGGGAGAAGGAAGGUGCUUGGAGAUAUUGCAAGAGUUGUCAGUGAAUGUGAUGAAGAACGAUUAUACACCCGUAUCUCCUAUAUGGCGCAAUUUUACAAUCUUGUUGCGUCGAGGGAGAAUAUAGCUAUCAUAAUGACCACCUUUUUAGAGAGGGUCAAACUAAUCGAUGGCGACCCUCUGUUUGCUAUGAUAUUAAACAACCUACUCGAAAUAUCAAUAAAGUAUGAAUUUGAAUCGCUGGAGAUUGAAGCGAUGUGGAUAGCUCUUUGCAAGGGAAAUUUUGAUAUUAUUUUCGAAUACAUUCUCAAUAUAUGCCUCGAGCACCGCAACGCAUUUCUCGUUGACAAGGCAAGACAGGUGAUUGAUUAUAUAGCUGCUGCCCAUCCCGAUAAGCUCUACGCCUUGCGCAAGUUGAUUGGCAAUUUACAACCAAAAAUGAUGAUCCCACCUGCUGCAAAACCAAUAGAGAUACCAAGCACGUAUCCGUAUGUGUCAGAUCUAUCGGAAGUGCUUGAUUAUAGCGAAAAGGAUGCUGCAUUCUCACUUGGCCAGAUUUCGGUCAUCUUUUUAGUUGACUUGGUGGAAAAGUGUCCCAUUUUGAUUGAGAAAUUGCCAUUGUUGUUACAUAUAUCAUUCACAUUGUUGGAUCAUUAUCUUGUGUUGGUUAGAGAGCAAGCAGGUAAACUUUUGAUCCGCUUGAUUCAUACCUUGGCUUUUAAUGAUUUCCGAGCAGGUGAAGUGAUAUCCCAUAUCAGGAAUAAAGACCAUAUUAGGAGCUUGUGGGUUUAUGAUGACCUAAACAAUGACAAAAAGGGGGCCCGAACGCCAAAUAAUAUGAUUUCGUUAGUGAGAAAUGUUCUUCAAGUGUUUUCCAAGAUUCCCACCUUGCAAGACGAUUGGAGUAGAAUUGCAUUGACGUGGGGUACCACAUGUGCUGUAAGACACAGUGCCUGUCGAUCGUUUCAAAUAUUCAGAGUUCUUAUAUCCUUCCUUGAUUUGAGUAUCUUGAAAGCAAUGUUUCACCGUUUGUCCAAUACUAUAUCUGAUGAGUCUUCCGACAUACAAGGCUUUGCUAUGCAGAUAUUAAUGACUUUGAAUGCAAUUGCCGCUGAGUUGGAUUCUCAAAUGUUGAUUGAUUUUCCACAACAUUUCUGGUCAAGUGUUGCUUGUUUGAGCACAAUACAUGAGCAGGAAUUUAUUGAAGUGUUGUCAACCAUGAACAAGUUUAUUUCUAAAAUUGAUUUAAAUGCCACUGACACCAUCAACUGUCUUAUUUCAACGUUUCCACCUAAAUGGGAAGGCAAAUUUGAAGGGUUGCAACAGAUUGUCACUGUUGGGUUGAGAUCGUCAGCUUCUUGGGAGCCUACACUAACCUUUAUCGGUAAAUUGUUGUCGUUAAAGGACUCUGAGAUCGUUGGAAUGGGUGAUUCUAGAGUGAUUACAGCAUUGAUUUCCAAUAUGCCCAUUUUCCUUAAUGCGUUGGAGACAAAGACCAUAACCCCUCUGAUUGAAAAGACAGCUACCGCAAUUGCCCAACUUGCCGAAAAUAAACCAUCACUAGCUAAGAUUUUGACAUCAUUGGGUAAGAACAAAUUUCGUUCAAAGAAAGACUUUGUGGUUCAGAUAGUAACCACGAUGAGACAUUUAUACUUUCCCGAGUAUGAAGUGAUGAUUCUCAUUUCAUUAUUGAAAAUGUUAUCAAAUCCAACUGAAUUCUUCAGGAAGGAAUUACUAGUUUUCCUCAAGGCAAUCAUCUCGUACAUUGAUUUCAAAAAGGAGGAGUUUAUUGGACUUGGUGCUGAUUUGAUUUCUCCAUUGUUGCGUUUGCUUCUCACCGACUUUGCUGAACCAGCAUUGGAAGUGUUAGACGAAACCGAUGUAAUUUCGGGGUCAAUAAUGGACAGAGAUAUCUUACGAAUGAGUCUUGGUAACACCACUGUUAAAAAGGAGUAUGAAAAUACGGCAACCUUGUUUGGUAUUCCCGAAGAAAGUGGAUGGUCUAUACCGAUGCCCGCUGUCACUGCGGCUAGCACUCGUAAUAAUGUUCACGCGGUGUUUUCAACUUGUGUUGCAGCAACAACUGUUGUUGAUGAACAAGAGAAUAACGAGGAGAUUCAAUUCCAUAUGGAGGAUUACUAUAGCCCUAGUAUACAUGAUAAUGGAGAUGCAGUAUCAGUCAGCGUUGAUGAAACCACUUUAAGUAAUAUGUGGGCAGCACUCGACGACUUCGACAGUUUUUUCAAUACAGAUAAAAUGUCAAAGAGGAAAACCAUUAGCUCACCAAUUGAAGCAAGACCUAUCAAUAGGGCCUCACCUAUUGAAAGUGCUCCAAACACAUACGACAAGAAAGUAUCUGCCAUAUUGAACAAAACAUUAACAACAAACUCAAGAAAUAACUUGUUGGACUAUAUUGGAGAAAAUGAACAACAUGCAUCACCAGCACCGUCAAGACGUUCCUACAUUCCAUUUAGAAACAGGACAAUGGCAAAGACGAGGGAAAGCUUGACACCGACAAUUGGUGCUGAUAUGAGUCCCCAUACACCUUCGUCCGCAUCACUCAUGACCGGUAAAAACUCAUUCAAUGGGAGUGAUGUGACGCAACAGGCCAUGUCACCCGAUAGUACGAGAUUAGAUGGGUUACUUGGGAAGAGGUCACGAAAGAGAAUGGGACAAUGA